AUGAACUUUGAGUUCACAGACAAAACGCAACAAUCUAUCGCGGCUGCCAUCCAGCUCGCAAAGGACUAUUCUAAUGCGCAACUCCACCCCGCCCAUAUCGCUGCGGCUCUCCUGAACGAGGGUGCAGGAGAUGAUGUACCAGGUGGUCUGUCAAGCAACGGUGGAAACUCGCUAUUCUCUUCUGUUAUACAGAAGGCUGGCGGUGAUCCAGUCAUUGUAAAGCGUGCACUCCAGAAGAGCAUCGUCAGAUUGCCCUCGCAAUCUCCACCUCCAGAGGAGGCCUCCAUGAGCGCUGGCGCGCUGAAGGUUUUGCGCGAGGCCCAGUCGCUCCAGAAGACUAUGCAUGAUUCCUACAUCGCACAGGACCAUCUACUUCUCGCACUUCUGAAAGACCCAUCGAUAUCCUCUAUUGUCAAGGAGGCCGGUCUCACCGAGGCUGCCUUGAAGACAGUCAUCGAGCAGACAAGAGGAAACCGUCGCGUCGAAAGCAAGAACGCAGAAGCAGGUUUCGACGCUUUGCAGAAGUAUGCGGUUGACUUGACUGCUCUUGCCGAAGAAGGCAAGAUCGACCCCGUCAUUGGUAGAGAUAAUGAGAUCCGGAGAGUCAUUCGUAUUCUUUGUAGAAGAACAAAGAACAAUCCUGUACUGAUUGGCGAACCUGGGGUUGGCAAGACAUCGAUCGCAGAGGGUCUUGCUCAACGCAUCGUCAACCGUGACGUGCCAGCCAGCCUCAUCGGACGCUUGUUUUCGCUUGACAUGGGUGCGUUAAUGGCUGGUGCGAAGUACAAAGGCGAAUACGAAGAACGCAUCAAGUCAGUUUUGAACGAAGUGGAGAAAUCAUCUGAGGAUGGCACAUCAAUUAUUUUAUUCGUCGAUGAGCUUCACCUCAUCAUGGCCGGUCGAGGUGCCGAAGGCGGUGGCAUGGACGCGGGCAACCUCUUCAAGCCGCUUCUGGCUAGAGGCAAGCUGCGUUGUAUUGGUGCGACAACUCUUAGCGAGUAUCGGAAAUAUAUCGAGACAGACGCUGCUCUGGAACGAAGAUUCGCGCAAGUUUUGGUGAACGAACCCAGUGUUCCUGAGACGAUCAGCAUUCUUAGAGGUAUUCGAGAGAAAUAUGAGGUCCAUCAUGGCGUUCGAAUUUUGGACGGUGCCCUGAUCUCUGCUGCAACCCUGGCCCAUCGCUAUUUGACUUCGAGACGUCUUCCUGAUUCCGCCAUUGAUCUUGUGGAUGAAGCUUGUGCAAGUGUCCGUGUCACUCGAGAGACCUCACCCGAGGCAAUUGACAAACUUCAGCGUCGUAAGCUCGAACUGGAGGUCGAAAUUCAUGCCUUGGAACGUGAGAAGGACCAGGCCAGUCAGGAGCGUCUAAGUGUUGCUCGCAAAGCUAUUGCAGAUGUUGACGACCAAUUAAAACCACUUCGGGCCGCCUACGAGCUUGAAAAGCGUAAAGGCGACGAAAUCAACGAAGUGCGGAGAAAGAUCGAUGAACUUCGCGCUAAGGCGGAUGAAGCGGAGAGAAGAUAUGACCUUGCAACCGCAUCUGACCUUCGCUAUUAUGCGCUCCCAGACCUCCAGAAUCGCUUGGAGACCCUGCAAGCCAAAAAGGUCGAAGAGGAUGACAAAAUUGGUGGAGGUACAGACACCGUCACUCCUGAACAGAUAGCAGAGAUUGUUGGACGGUGGACGGCUAUUCCAGUCACACGCUUGAUGUCAACCGAAAAGGAGAAACUCCUCCGCAUGGAACGUAUCCUCACCGACAGCGUCGUCGGUCAGCCGGAGGCUGUGAAAGCUGUCGCCAACGCUAUCAGGCUCUCGAGGAGUGGCUUGGCCGACGCUCAGCGGCCCAUUGCCAGUUUCUUGAUGGCCGGUCCUUCUGGCACAGGAAAAACAUUGCUUAGCAAGACACUCGCCACUCUUCUCUUUGAUUCCCCUGAUGCCAUGAUUCGUAUCGAUGGUUCCGAAUAUUCUGAGAAACAUUCUAUCGCACGUCUUAUUGGCGCCCCACCCGGCUAUGUCGGUCAUGACACCGGAGGACAACUCACCGAAUACGUUCGGCGCAAACCCUAUUGCAUUAUCCUGAUCGACGAGAUUGAGAAAGCUUCGCGAGAAUUCGUCCUCCUCUUCCUUCAGGUUCUCGACGAUGGCCGACUCACUGAUGGACAGGGUCGCGUUGUUGACUUCCGAAACACUGUUAUCAUCAUGACGUCGAAUCUAGGUGCUGCAUACUUGAACGACGUGGGCCAAGGUGCAGUAACUCCGCAGACCAGGCAGCUAGUGAUGGGAGCCAUUGUGGGCCAUUUCCCACCUGAGUUCAUUAAUCGUAUAGAUGAGAUCAUCAUCUUCCGCGUGCUUUCCAGAAGCAAUAUGCUCAAGAUCGUGGACUUGAGACUCAAGGAGGUCCAAGACCGCUUAGUCGAGAGGAAGAUGGUACUUGACAUCGACGGCGAGUCGAAACAAUACCUAGUGUCCAUCGGGUACUCGACAACAUACGGAGCAAGGCCAUUGAACCGCGCUAUCCAGAGCGAGCUUCUGAAUCCUUUGUCGGUGAUGUUGCUUUCUGACCGCAUUCGUGAUGGGGAGACUGUUAAGAUUCGGUUCGACGGCCCCCGCAAUAAACUUCUCGUAGUACCCAAUCAUGAAGGCAAGGCCGAUGUUGAUGGAAUGGACGAACAUUGGGAAGAUGAUGACAUUGAGAUAGAGGAGAUGGAUUAAUGGCUUCUUCAUUCAAGAACUAUAUGUAAAUGUGGGGCAUCUCGACAACUGUAUUAUCGUACCUUAACGUGUAGCAAAAUCCGUGUAGCAGAUUCUGAAUCAUAAUGUACAUCGACUUGAUUUGGGUUGGUCUUUGCGGUACCGUCACUUUCCUUUCUUGGUGGCCACAAUUUCUCGCUUUCGG